AUGUCGGUAAUCCUUGGAGAGCAUCUGGCUUCAGCCAGAGAAAAUAACUUGCCGGCAUCAAUUAUGGACGACGAGAAAGCUGCGCAGUAUUUGGAGACUCUCAAUACAGCAGCAGCUCUUGGGACCUCUAUGUCCACUAGACGACGAGCGCACUUCGAGACAACCAAGCGAGUGCUUGCCGCUGCAGUGAACGAGCGUCUGGCCAUCGGAACUGUCGAUACAUCUGCAAACCUCAGUUUGCUGUUGCGUGCGCCUACUUCCCCAGGUGAAGCUGGGUAUGAUGACACUUGGAUUAAGUGUGGUAUCCGUGCCAAUGCCUACUUCGAGAAGGACGGUCUCAGAGCCAUUGGAUUUGUGCGGGCUGAAGACUUGCUCAACCCCGUGCUAACCGGGAACGCAACGAGCGAGGCAGUUGAGGAGCUCGAUCCGACAGUGCUGGCCCGCGUCAUCUGCCGUUGGAACCCUGUACUGGCUCAAAAUGACGGUGGAGAGUCGUUGAUAAAAGAAUUGCAAAAUGCCACCGACAAUCAGAUCGGGGUUCCUCAGGACCCCGAGCAACCUGAUCAGAUUAUCGUGCCGUGCUUCACUCGUCAGCUGCCAAGUAUCAUGCCCUUCUUCCCUGAAGCGCGUCUUCUUAAAAGUGUUCCAGACUGCUGCCGCGCACAAAUAUCAAUGCGGAGUAUCUCAUUCAUGCCAAAAAUUGGCUUUCCAGAUCACCUCAAGCUGUCGCUAAAUGUUCAAAUCACCUCUGGUCUGAGGAACGUCAGACCCUGGGGCGCGGUUCUGGGUCCUGCACUUGGCAAAUUGCUCCCGAAUCUGCUUCCCCCUGAUCUUUGGUGGUUUGCAGAGCCUGCAUCCAUCACGGGCGCGCAACAGGACUUGCAUAAAGCAGGCCAAAUAUCAUGCGUCAUCCGACAACUUCCAGAACAGCUGGCUAAGACCCCCGAGGAAGUCAUUAUUCCCGGUGCUGGGCUAUUACAGAAGCCCUUCAACGAGGAUCAAUCGUAUAUGGAGAUCUUGUUUGGCCUUGAUGACUUGAAGAAAAAGCAAGAUUGGUUUAGAAAGUACACUAUGCUAUUAUUCUCCACUGUUCUGCCUCCCUUGGUUCGUUACGGAAUUGGUUUUGAAAGCCACCUUCAAAACGUCGCCGUCCGUGUCAAUGUCACAAGAAAAGAGGUAACAGGGUUUGCUGUCCGAGAUUUCGAAGGAACUAGAAUUCAUUACCCUACAUUCCUGCGCUCUGGAUAUAAUCUCAGUGAAGUCCCCGCAGGCUCCCCCAAUCUUGCCGAUAACCUCCGCUCCCCUUGGAAUAAAGUGCAUCAUUCCCUCAUUCAGGAUCAUGUGGGCCCUCUCUUGCACGUCUUAGACUUGGAGUCUCAAGGAGGCUGGGCGAUUGUUCAGGAGGAGCUGGAAAGAGUAUUGGAUCCCUCUGGAGACCCCGAGGGAAAGGCCUUAUAUGAUUUUAUGACUGAAGAGACAAUGCCCAUCCCGGGUUUUAUGGGGAUGCGGUUGAUUGGGCGCUAUGUUGAGGUAAGUCUCCAAUGA